GGAGUCCCCGGCACACAUCCUGUGUCCAUGUUUGGGCAAUUACGUCACGGCGGCAAGGCCGGGGCCUCCCGAAAUGGCAGUGGCCCGGGGAGUCGGAAGCCCGGAGCCAGCGCCGCCGCAGCUAUAUAAAUGGGGGGGCUGUGGGUUGGGGGAGCCUGGCUACGCUUUGGAGAGGCGAAGAGCCGCUACCCGAGGCCGGUGCGAGCGAACGAGGGAGCCGCGGCCCCCCAACUUCCUUCCCACUGGUGAGCUCCUGGAGCCAGGAGCCCGGGCGCCUGGGUUUGCGCGCAGUAGGGCACCCAGACCGUCGGCCUCCCUGCCACCCGCGCGCCCCAAAGCCCAGCGGGCAAAGCCCCGGGCGCCCCACAGUCGCCGCCGCGCCAUGCUCCACCUCGGCGAGUUUUCCGGUUCCGACGCGCUCCUCGUCAAGUCCACAGAAGGCUGUUGCGCCGAACCCAGUGCCGAAUUGCCCCGGCUGCCCGCCAGGGACGCUCCCGCGGCUGCUGGAUACCCCGGAGCAGGCGACUUCUUGAGCUGGGCUCUGAGCAACUGCGGCGCCGGGGGGGACUUAGCCGACUCCUGCUUCCUGGAGGGUCCUGCACCCACACCCCCUCCCAGCCUCAGCUACAGCGGUAGCUUCUUCAUUCAGGCGGUGCCCGAACACCCGCACGAUCCGGAGGCACUCUUCAAUCUCAUGUCGGGCAUUUUAGGUCUGGCACCCUUCCCUGGCCCUGAGGCUGCAGCAUCCCGGUCCCCGCUGGAUGCUCCGUUUCCCACGGGCCCCGACGCCUUGUUGCCAGGUCCUCCGGACCUUUACUCCCCGGAUCUGGGCGCUACUGCCUUUCCAGAGGCGCUCUGGGAGGCCUCGCCUUCCACAGGCGCCCCUUCGCAGUGCCUCUAUGAGCCUCAGCUAUCUCCACCCGACGUCAAACCGGGUCUCAGGGCGCCUCCGGUCUCUCCAGCGCUGGACGCUGCCUCGGUCUUCAAGGGUCCCUACGCGCCCUGGGAGCUGCUUUCUGUUGGGGCCCCAGGGAACUGUGGGUCACAGGGAGGCUACCAGGCGGCCCCCGAGGCACGUUUUCCCUCUGUAGGGACCAAGAUUGAGGACCUACUGUCCAUCAGCUGCCCUGCGGAGCUGCCAGCCGGCCCAGCCAACAGACUCUAUCCUACAGGAGCCUACGAUGCUUUCCAGCUGGCCCCUGGUGACUUAGGGGAAGGGGCCGAGGGCCUCUCAGGGCUUCUGACCCCUCCUAGUGGGGAGGGAGGGAGUAGCGGCGACGGCGGAGAUUUUCUGGCUGGUACACAGCCUCAGCUUUCCCCGCUAGGCCUUCGCAGCACCGCUUCGGGGGACUUCCCGAAACCUCUAGUGGCGGACAUCCCUGGAAGUAGUGGCGUGGCUGCGCCACCCGUGCCUCCGCCGUCCGCCCCUUUCCCCCCGGCCAAGGCGCGGCGCAAGGGGCGCCGGGGCGGUAAGUGCAGCGCGCGCUGCUUCUGCCCGCGGCCCCACGCCAAGGCCUUCGCUUGCCCUGUGGAGAGCUGUGUGCGGAGCUUUGCGCGCUCCGACGAGCUCAACCGCCACCUGCGCAUCCACACGGGCCACAAGCCUUUCCAGUGCCGUAUCUGCCUCCGCAACUUCAGCCGCAGCGACCACCUCACCACGCACGUGCGCACCCACACUGGCGAGAAGCCGUUUGCCUGCGACGUGUGCGGCCGCCGCUUCGCGCGCAGCGAUGAGAAAAAACGGCACAGCAAGGUGCACCUCAAGCAGAAGGCGCGUGCGGAGGAGCGGCUCAAGGGCCUCGGCUUUUACUCCCUGGGCCUCUCCUUCGCCGCCCUGUGAGCAAGAGAUGGUUUCUGGGUUGGGGCGCCGCCGCCCGGCGCGCACAAGAAGUUACGGAUGGUUCCCCUACUUGCUUUUCUUCCAACUGUUCCUCGCACGUCCCAGGGCGGGCCUGCGUCCCGCUUCCAGUUCCGUUGAAGUGCCCGCUGCAAACGUCCUGUUCAGCACCAGCUCCGUGGACAGCUCCCCCGUCCGGACGCCGUCUCCUUAGCAGUGCUUUGGGGAGGAAGUUCCCUCAGGUCAUACACCGUGGGACUCAAGACAGUCUUUUGUAACUGGCGCACGCCAUACACCCUCAAUCCCCUCAGAGACAGGCUGGGGCAGGGCCGAGCCGAUCUCGUGCAGGACUUUGUACAGCAGUGUCGUUUCCAGCAGCCAUUGGAUGUAACGUUUUGCUUUGGGUUUUUUUUCUUUUUUGUUGUGGUUAAUUUUUGUAAAGCAGACGCUACUCUCAAGUAGUUAACAAAACUGUUUAUUUUUGCAAUUAAAAUUAUUGUGCUAAAA